AUGGAUUUAUGGAUGGGACAGAUAUCUCAGAGAAUUACGGAACAAUUUGGACAGGAUUAUCAUCCAUCAUUAUCAGUUUAUCAGCAGAGCUAUUUACGUCAAUUGGAAAUUAACGACAAUGGAGUUUAUCAAUCACUCUCUGAAUACUACGAUCCAAAUAGGCCAUUACUAAAUAAUGCAUCAAUAACUAUUAAUAAACAACAACAACAACAGCAAUCGCGCGACAAUCAACAGCAACAACAACAACAACAACAACAACAGCAACAACAACAACAACAAUCGUACAACAAUCAACAACAACAGCAACAAUCGUACAACAAUACUUGCACUUUAAUCGAUCAAUUUAAUGUACUGCAACAACCAAAGGAUUUCUCCUCAUUUCAUAGUCUUCUUGAUAUUUACAGAAAUUCCAAUAAUACUGUGGAAUUUAUAAACAAUUUUGAGCAAUAUCUUAGCUUACGCUUUUCAUCAUGUUAG